UCUCGCCACCAUCACAACAACACAGCCACCAAUUUUACUCUCCGCCUCUCCGGCAGCCUUUUUGCACAAAAUAAUUGCAAAUUAUGAAGUAGGUCCUCUUUUGCAAGCUCGUCCUCGUCGCCACCCCCACGCGUCAAGUGGGGACAGGACAACGCGAUGAUUUACAAAAAUAAAUUUGACACCAUUCCCGAGGACUCACGCCCAUACAAGUUGACGCAUCAAUUAAUUAGCUUAACCGGAAUCAAUAUCCACAGAAAAAGUAUCUUGGGUCUGGUUGAGCUGACAAUUAUCCCAAAGAAGUCUAAUUUGAGAUGUGUCAAACUGAAUGUGAAGCAGUGCAAAAUUUAUCGGGCUGUGAUAAAUGACACUUUUGAAGCCCAAUUUGAUUAUUACGACUUAACGGCGGAGAUUACUCCUCUAGACUCCAAUACUAAUGGACACGCACUUGAGCAUUUUUGUGCAGAUCAUAAGAAUGCAGUGUUGGAAGGUGAUCCGGAUGCUGGAGGAGGAGAACUUAUUGUACGACUACCACAAGAAGCAUCACACGUUCUUGUUGAAGGGCGACCAUUUCGUCUAACCAUUGAGUAUUCAUUGGAGAAACCUCAAGGGGGAUUGCAUUUCGUUGUUCCUAAAGAUCCGACAGGAAUUGAGAAACCUCACAUGUUUACUACUCGACAUGAAAAUAGUUCUCGACUGUGGUUUCCUUGUAUCGAUAGUUUUUCUGAAGUGUGCACCUGGAAGCUUGAAUUUACUGUAGAAGAAUCUUAUACGGCAGUAUCGUGUGGAGAACUUUUAGAAAUUGUACAGGCAGCUGAUGGGAGCAGACGAAAGGUUUUCCACUACUUUCUUUCGGUUCCUACUGCUGCUCCUAAUAUUGGCCUCGCUGUUGGCCCUUUCGACAUUUACGUCGACCCAAAAAUGCACGAGGUCACUCAUUUUUGUUUGCCUGGACUUAUGAAUUUGCUACGAUGGACCUCGAGGUUUUUACAUGAAAUGUUUGAGUUUUACGAAGAGUUGCUAACUACGCGGUUCCCGUACACGUGUUACAAGACGGUCUAUAUUCAUGAAGCAUAUGAAGAGAUGCAGUCUUUUGCUUCGAUGUGCAUUCUGGAUACGUGCUUAUUGCAUACUUCUGCAAUUUUGGAUCAAACUUAUGUGACUCGGAGAUUCACUGCCGUAGCAUUAGCCGAACAAUUUUAUUCCUGCUACAUUUCCAUCCAACAUUCCUCUGAUUCGUGGCUGGCCAAAGGGAUCUCCAAUUUUCUUUCCUUGUUGUACAUAAAAAAAUUUCUUGGAAUGAAUGAAUAUCGAAAUAUUAUUUUCACGGAUCUUCAAGACGUUUUGAAGUACGAGCAGCAGUACGGUGGAAUAGUUUUAGACCCCUGCAUGCUAGACAAAUCAAUUACGUUUGCAGGACCUAGUACGACUGAAAGUAAUAGUAGUUGUAAUGUUAGACCAUCUAAUCAAGCAAAUCAGGUUCCUGGAGCUGAUGCUGGGUUUUAUUUUUCCUUGUCCAAUCCACAUACAAUUUCACCCGAGUAUUUAAAAGUGCUAUCGAAAAAGGCACAUUUGGUGAUCAGAAUGCUAGAGAUGAGAAUAGGAGCUACUUUAUUCAUUCAGGUGUUGAACAAACAACUUUCGCUGGCAAAUAUUUAUAUUGCUCAGUCACAGCAGUCUGGAAUGGGCCUGGUGGUACCACAAGCCCCUCCACCAACAACUCAAGAUGGUCCCUCCUCCAACACCAACAAUCCAAUUUUGAUCAGCACGGCGUCUUUUACUCGAGCAGUGUUUAAUGUUACAGGGAAAGAUAUGACAGUAUUCAUGGACCAAUGGGUACGACAAGGUGGUCAUGUUCAUUUUCAGAUGUCCUUCAUCUUUAAUCGAAAAAGGAAUACGGUGGAACUGGAGAUAAAGCAAGAAAAUUUACAUCAGCUUGGAGUUCGAAAAUAUGUGGGACCAUUGACGGUUUCUCUCCAAGAAUUGGAUGGCACAUUCCGACAUUUGCUUCAAAUAGAAGGGACUCAUGCAAAAGCGGAUAUUGUUUGCCACUCAAAAAGUCGUAGGCAGAAAAAGAAAAAAAUCCCUUUGUGCACUGGAGAGGAAGUUGACAUGGAUCUUAGCGCUAUGGACGCGGACUCUCCUGUUCUGUGGAUUAGACUAGAUCCCGAUAUAUCACUAAUUCGACAAACGGAUGUCAGACAACCCGAUUUUCAGUGGCAAUACCAACUCAAACACGAACGAGAUGUCCCUGCCCAGAUCCAAGCUGUGUUGGCUUUGGAGGCAUUCCCGACACCCCAAACUCGAGUUACUUUGACGGAAAUGAUUGAGAAUGAACAAUGUUUUAUUCGUGUUCGAACUGAAGCGUGUUACGUUCUUGCAAAAGUAGCAAAUGCAAUGAGUUCCACCUGGACAGGGCCCCCGGCAAUGAUCAAUAUUUUCAGAAAAUUGUUUGGCUCCUUCUCAUGUCCUGGAAUUAUUAAGCAUAACGACUUUUCCAAUUUGCAGCACUACUAUUUACAAAAGUCCAUUCCAGCGUCAAUGGCAUCCCUCCGAAAUACCCACGGCAUCUGCCCUUCCGAGGUGCUCAAGUUUCUUAUCGAUCUCUUCAAGUAUAAUGAUAAUUCAAGGAACCAAAUAUCAGACAAUUAUUACCGAGCCACACUUGUCCAAUCAUUAGGCAAUACGGUGACUCCUGUGGUUUCAUUGUUGCAAUCAGGCUCUGACAUCACUGCAGAAUCCCUCUCAUCAGAUACAAGAUUAAUCAUGGAGGAAAUAACUCGAUGCCUGAAUCUUGAAAAGAUGCUCCAUUGUUACAAAUAUGUUGUAACUGUAGAAUGUUUGAAAGCUUUAAGAAAACUCCAAAAAUUUGGACAUCUUCCCAACAACGUUGAAGUAUUUAAAGCAUAUGCUGAAUAUGGACAGUUUCAUGACGUACGACUUGCGGCCUUAGAAGCUGUUGUAGAUUACACUCGAACAGACGGAAAGUUAGACGAUGCUGAGUUUCUGCUCAACAUUGUUGAAAACGAUCCCGUUCCGACGAUGCGACAUGAUUUAUGUCGGCUUAUAAUUCGAUGCUUAACUGAAAAAAUGACUGAUCGCAGACCACGAGCAAAGUCCCCAUUACAUUCGAAAACUAUUGCACUUAGAAUAUGGAAGAAAAUGAAUUAUGAAUGUAUUGGAGAUGCAAGAUUGAGAUGUGAUUUGGUGGAUUUAUACUACACGUUAUUCGGCAUACGUAAGCCCUUGUGCUUUCUUGAUGAUUCCCAACAAAACGAUGAAGCAUUUUCUAGGAGGAAAUCUGCAUUGACAACUCGCGAAGGGGUUGAAGAGUUCAAACGAGAAAGUCCAACGAUUAUUGAGACUGAGCCACCAAAAACAGCAAGGAUUUUAUCAUCCAAGAGAGAAUCGAUGGCAUCUGACAAUUCCGGCGACUUACCUGAAGCCAUGGACAUUGAUGGAAUGCCGACAUCUUUUGAGCCAGGGAUGUUCAAGAAUGACGACUUGCAGAAGCCCAGGAUCAAGGAAGAGAAAGGAGCAAAAACAGAUGUCGACAAUGGAGAUCAUCACGACGAACUAGUUGAAUCCAAUAAGGACAAAGAAGUCCGUGUGAAAGAAGAGGGAGAAGAGCCAUCAACAUCUUCACACAAGAAACACCAUCAUCAUCAUCAUAAUAAGGCAAAGAAAAAGAAGGACAAGAAGAAAAAGCACAAACAUAAGCAUAAGCAUAAGCACGAACACAAAAAAAAGACUCGCGAGGAAACUCUAAGCUCUGGAAGUUCUGGAAGCAAUAGUCCAGUACAGCAACAAUAAAAUCGUUUUCUUAAUUUUCUCUCUUGUAUGGUAAACGCAAUUUUUGAAAUAUCCUGGGCUUUUUGUGAUUGUAUUUUACUACUGUGAAUAAAUAAUGAAAUUCAUACAUGUAUAACUAAA